AUGAACCCCGCCAACCCCGCAAUGACCUUGAACUCGCUACCUAACGAAGUAUUCAUUCAAAUUCUAUCCGACUUCUCAACCCGGACACUUCUCCCACUCACGUCAGUCAACCACCGGUUCCACGCUCUGGUCCUAAGAAUCCUCCACUACCGCCUGCUCCUUAGCAUGCCGCUCAAGGAAUAUAAACUACUGCUGGAAUGCUUCCAUCCCAGCUCAAAGCUCACUGAGCCACAUGUCUUCUGCAAAUACCUCGGUACAGAUGGACUGAACGAGCGUCAUGAUGAAACGGGUCUGUUAUACGAGAAUAUCGAUGCCGCCCACCACCUAGGUAGGGUGACAGGACUAUAUUCGCGCUUUCGUCCAGAGGUAAGCAGCGAUGAUGAAGAUGAACGAGGCACAAUUGGCUCCAAGUCCGGUUUCUCGCCAGGUAGGAUGCUUCUGUAUUCGGAGGUGGUGGGGUUCAUACGGGCUGACAUUAAUGGGGGUCGAGAAGGCAAAGGAGAGGAUGCUGUGAUACGUGAGGUUACUUUAAAUGGAUAUGAGGAUUUCUCACAGUUAUGUGUGGUGGCCAAUCUAGUGCAAGUCAAGCCGGGAACAUCGUUGCUGUUGAGUGCAUCGACUAUUGAGGAUGGGUUUGUUCGGUUAUGGAGGGAGUGGUUGCGUGGCCAAAGCGGGAGGAUGAAGAAGACUACCGAGAUUGACUGGGAAGAGGACUCUGAAAGGAUGUCUUUCGAUGACGAUAUACUGUGGGUGGAUAUGAGCAAGACCGUUGGGUUGAAAAUGCACGUGCGGCCGAAGGCGUGGGAUCCGUCUCUUCCAGUGCUCAUUCAGGAUGAUCGGAAUGAUGACUCUUGGGUUGGGUAUGAGGUUAUUCUGGAAGGUGAGUCACUACUACUGUGGAGAGCAACCCGUGUUGACUUGAUAGAACUUCACAUUCGCUCCACGCGGUUGCUGAUGGCUGUAGAGCAGUCAAAGGAAGAGCAGAAAAUCCAUCAAACCAACGCAAUGGUGAUUGGGGCCCCAAUUGCAGUAUCUUGA